AUGGGUGCAUGUUUGAGCAAAAAGAACAAAACUUCUACUUCUUCACCCCCUGCUUCCACCAAAUCACUAUCCACACCCCCAAUUCAUCAACAAAAUUCUCAUAACAAUGUCACAGCUACAAUUUCGAAACCAGAGAACAAAAACAACAAAACAGAAGAGAAACAACAAGACCCAGAAGUUCUUAUACAACAUGAAGAAGAAUCUCAGCCUAAAAAGGAGAUUUUUAUCAUCAAACACAGAAAAAGCCAUGAUGAAAGAGAGAAAAACUCAACCAAAAUCAAUGAUGGGUUGGUUUCAUCUAGUGAAACAGAAUCAUUGAACAACAACAACAAUAACAACAAUAUCAGUAACAAUAACAAGAUUGGUGUUGUUUCUGCUGUGAGAACUUCCAGCUGCACGAAAGAAGAAGUAGAUGCGAUUCUAAUUCAAUGUGGAAGACUCUCCAGAAGCUCUUCUGGAAAAGCUGCUUCUUCUUCAACCAGAAAAUAUUCUGGGUCAAAGAGAAGUUUCGAUUUUGAUCAUUCUGACAACAACAAUGAUGCAAUUUCAGCUGAAGAUGAACAGAAAAGAACAAAUCCAAGUGAUAACAGCGAGGAAUAUGACGGUGCUGCACGACACAACAACCGUCAGCGCCACCGCAGUUCGCCCAAAAGUUCUUCUAAUGGAAGAAGAAGAACACCAAGUAGAGAAAGAGAAAGAGAACAGCGUUCAAGCAGUAGAGAAAGGAGAGUGAGUAGAUCUCCGGGAAGAAGAUCUUCUGAUGCAAAUGCUGCAAAUGGAAGUAACAAUACUGGCUCUGGUUCUGGUUCUAGGCCUGGGAAAAUGGUGACUGUUCCUGCUACUGUUUCAUCAUUGGUUAUGGAUAAAAGUAACAAUGGUGGUGGCGGUGGUGGGGGAGAUUCUGGUAAGAGAGUUAAUGUUAAGAGAAAUAUUGUUUCACCACGUUCUAUGUCACCUGCUAGAGUAAAUGGAAAUGGAACGAAUCAGAAUCAGAAUCAGCAACAACCUUCUCUUAGCCGUAGUAAUUCUGCAAGAAAGACUGAAGUUUCACCUUAUAGAAGAAACCCUCUCAGUGAAGUUGAUCCUAAUUCACUUGCUUAUCCGCAAUCAAAUGCUAAUAAUGGUGGAAGCAAAGUUCAGAUCAAACACAAAAAGGAGAUGGAAGCUGAGACUGUUCAGAAGCCAAAGGCUGAAGUGAGGGACAAUACCAGAAACCGGACAAGUAGCCGAGGUAUAUCGGAAAAGGGUGUGAAUACUCACACAAAGGAACAACAAGAGGAUGAAAUCAAGGUAAUGUCUGAUAAUGCUAUUGUGAAGAAUGUGGUGAUGCCAACAGGGAUUACAAGAAGCAGAUCAUCUAGAAGAUCAAGAGACUUAGACAACCUCAAUCCCGAAACUCUUACCAAUCCACCACCAUCAUCCUACACUUCAUUACUCCUAGAAGACAUUCAUAACUUCCACCAAAAGACCAUAACACAGCCUGCUGUGUCUCUUCCAGCUUGUCUCAACAAAGCUUGUUCUAUCCUUGAAGCUGUUGCUGAUCUCAACUCCACAACAAGUUCAACUUUCUCUAGGAACGAGUACAAUGCUGUUCCUGAAUCAUCAUUUGUAGAAGAAUCUGAAGUUGUUGUAAGUGAUGAUGUGAUGGAACCAAGUUUGCAUAAGUAUGUUACUGUUAAGAGAGGUGGUUCAUUUUCACUCUGUGAGGAUCAAGAGUCUUCUGGAAGUAAUAGCUUCAGUUUGAAUAGUGGCCAACAACAACAACACUGGAACAACUGUUCUUCUGGCAAUUCACCGGAUUGUUGGAGUUCGAGAUUGAAUUUGAAAGAGGAGAGUUUGAUGAAAAGAAGAGAGUGUGAUCAUCAACAUAGUGGUGGUAUCGGACGCGGAAGGCUUGCUACUACAUCUUCUUCAACAUAG